AUGUUAGAUCGCCGACAAUGUAAUCUCCAAUCGAUACCGCAUGAUAUUGAUCGUAAUGCGCGAACACUGGAAGAAAUGUACUUGGAUUGCAAUCAUAUCAAAGAUCUGGAUAAGCCACUAUUUCGGUGCCGAAAAUUAAAAAUUCUAAGUUUGAGUGAAAAUGAGGUUAUUCGUUUGCCUUCCGACAUUGCUCAUCUUACUUAUCUCGAGGAGCUCAAUCUUAAAGGGAACGAUGUUUCGGAUCUUCCGGAAGAAAUAAAAAAUUGUAUUCAGUUGAAGAUUCUUGAUCUUAGCUCAAAUCCUAUUACAAGGCUGCCACAGACAAUAACUCAAUUAACAUCGAUGACAAGCCUUGGUUUAAAUGACAUUUCACUUACUCAAAUGCCCCACGAUAUUGGUCAUUUGCGAAAUUUGCGAUCUCUCGAAGUUCGCGAAAAUUUACUGCGAACAGUACCUCCAUCAAUAAGCGAAUUAAACCAGCUGCGAAGGCUAGAUCUUGGCCAUAAUGAACUUGAUGAUUUGCCAAACGAAAUAGGUAUGUUGGAGAAUUUGGAAGAAUUAUAUGUUGACCAGAAUGAUUUGGAAGCUCUUCCCGAGUCGAUUGUUCAAUGCCGUUCGUUGGAACAACUGGAUGUUUCCGAAAAUAAAUUAAUGGUAUUGCCGGAUGAGAUUGGAGAUUUGGAAAAGUUAGAUGACCUUACCGUUGCUCAGAAUUGUCUGCAAGUGCUGCCGAGUUCGAUUGGACGCUUGAAAAAACUGUCUAUACUGAAAGCAGAUCGUAAUGCAAUUACGCAGUUAACGCCAGCAAUUGGUAGCUGUCAUGCAUUAACAGAAAUUUAUUUAACUGAGAAUUUGCUCACAGAAAUUCCAAGUUCACUGGGUAAUUUGAAAAGCUUGCGGACGCUUAAUUUGGAUAAGAAUCAGUUAAAAGAACUUCCUCCUACUAUUGGUGGUUGUACAUCUUUAUCAGUUCUUUCACUUCGUGAUAAUUUAAUAGAACAACUUCCACUUGAAAUUGGGCGGCUUGAAAACUUGCGAGUAUUGGAUGUUUGCAACAAUCGUCUCAAUUAUUUACCGUUUACAGUAAAUGUUCUUUUCAAAUUGAGAGCUUUGUGGCUGUCUGAGAAUCAGUCACAAGCAAUGUUGAAGUUGCAAACGGAACAAGAUCCGAGGACAGGAAUCAAAGUUCUAACUUGUUAUCUCUUGCCGCAAAGCAAUUCUCAACUUGUAGAACAAGCUCCGCCAAGCCGUUCGUUUAUUGGUGGUCCAAAAGUACAUUUUGGUAGUGAUCUGGAAGAAACGCAUGAAGAUGAAGAAAAUGAAUUAGGACAGUUUUCGCGACAUGACACUCCUCAUCCAAAACCGCACUCCCAUGCACCAAAAUUCAAAAAGCAGUCUAUCGAUGGUCACAUCAUUCAUCAUGAUGGUGAUCAGUCCACAAAACCACCAACACUGACGUUAAAUUCUGCUCGAAAGCGUGGUACUGAUGAAGGUUCACCUCGUGCUCUGUCUCCAACUGUACCGGCAGAUACCCAGAUUACUUCACUUCGAAGUGCACUGAAGCAUCCACCUGUACUUCCAUCUGCCAGUAAUUUUGAUCACAGUAUUGAACGCAUAGUAGAUCAACGACAAAAGUUAUCACCAGGUGUUGAAAUACUGAAUAUAAAAAUUCGUCGUGAUACAAAUGGAGGUCUCGGCUUGUCCAUUGCUGGUGGUUUGGAAUCAACACCUUAUAAAGAUGACGAUACUGGUUUAUUCGUUUCAAAACUUACUGAUGGUGGCCCGGCAAUGAUUGCCGGACUGCGAGUUGGUGACAAGCUACUUCGUGUUAAUAAAACUGAUGUAGUCAAUGUACGACAUCAGGCAUCGGUAACAUCAAUGCAGGAUGCUCGAGAUGUCGUAGAGUUAACAAUUUUGCGUGAUUCGCGUGAUACGCUGUCUUCCUGUAUUGCUGCCAGCGGUUACACUAUAUCUCCAAAUCAGAGUAUUGAUAAUUCAUUUGUUUCGGACUCAGUCGAGACGACAUCAUCAAUGACAAAGGAGACAAUUUCAACAACAGUUCGCAGGGAUGUGAAUGGUUCGCCAGGAUUCAGUGUUGCAGGUGGUACAGGUGAUGUAAUUGUGAUAUCAUGUAUCGCUUCUGGUGGUGCGGCUGAAAGAGAUGGCAAGUUGCGCGUUGGUGAUCGUGUACUUUCGAUAAAUGGCACAAAUAUGAAAGGUGCACGACAUGACCAAGCAGUAGCAUUACUAACUGGGCAUAGUGGGAGUGAUAUUUACCUGGUGGUGCAGCGAGAUCGUGCAAAUCAGACCGUUACCAUACCUCCUUCUUCACCGAGUUUGUCUUCAAAAACACUCGCAGUUGAACGGAUAUCGCCACCAAGGAAAAGUGGUUUCGGUGAUCCUUCUUGGGAUGGUAAAACUGAAGAAGUAGAACUUAUGCGUGAUAACCACUCGCUGGGCUUAUCAAUUGUUGGUGGUAGUGAUCAUUCUUCGCAUCCAUUUGGUGUCAACGCACCUGGCGUAUUUAUUUCAAAGAUAACACCUAAUUCACCAGCAGGUCGUUCACAGAGACUACGUAUUGGAGACAGAAUAUUAUCGGUGAACAAUAUCAAUAUCCGUACAGCGAAGCAUCAAACAGCAGUGGAGGCCUUGAAACAAAAUGAUAGAACAGUACGUUUGUUAGUCAUUCAUGAACCACAGCCACCAGGCUUAAGGCAAGUAACAAUCAAGCGAAACGUUGGCGAAGCACUAGGAUUAAAUAUUUGUGGAGGUAUCGGUAGUCCACCUGCCAAUCCUCUUGACAAAUCGGAUGAAGGCAUCUUCAUCGAAAAGGUCGAACGAAAUGGUCCUGCAGCUAUUUCAUCGUUGUCGGUAGGAACUCGAAUUCUGGAGGUUAACGAUGAGUCUCUCUUGGGAUGCUCACAGGAAGAGGCAGCUCGUAUUUUACGUCAGUCUGGCACAACUGUACGGCUACUAGUCUGUGAUGCUUUUUGUAUACCUUCUACUGCUGUGUCUUCCACGUUUGUGAGUCAAGUUAAUAGUGAUACCCCUAUUGUAUCCAGCGAACGUCAGACUACUGUUUCCAGUAGCCUUUUAAAUACUGAUGUUCAAGAAUCAUUAAGUGGCUCUUCGUCACAGCAAUUCAAGCAGUCUUCAUCACCGGACACUGGAGUUUCCGAAACAAUCAGAACACUGGCUUCCAUUUCGACUGAUAGUCCCUUGGCCACUUCUUCUCCAAUUCCGCCUUCUUUAUCGUCUGUUGUGGCAUAUUCAUCAACUUCGAGUUUACCGCAACCUUUAUCUCCGUUUUCAUCAUCAAAUACAACUACUUUUUCUACGUCAAACCUUCAUCCAGCAGUUCCUCCUCCGAUCGCACCAAAGCCGAAAAUCAUUCCAGAUCAGAAUGGGAAUGCAGUUGGUGCAUCUUCACCGCUUAUUUCUUUUGGUGAACAAUUUGAAAAGCAAAAAGAACGCACAGUUUCGUCAGCGCAGUCCUCAUCUCCAUCCACGUCGUCCUGGUCGUCGACUCCGAAUCCCGAACGGUUGGCAUUUUCAUCGAAAUUAGAAAAAUUCGAGCGCGAAAUUGAAAUUAAAAGGCCAGAUGCUAACCCCACGACAAAAUCCACCCUUCCUCCCGCGAAGAAACCAUUUUUAAAUGAAGACGAAAUUCGGAAAAUGAAAGAAGAAGAAACUAGGAAAGUAGCGAGUGGAUCCACAAGAAUAACCUUCAGCCCCGCAGAUGAUGAGCUCGACUGUUCAUUCGAACAUAUCCUCAAUAACAGUGCUGUGCCUCGCACGAUGCCAACUGUAAUACGCACAAAAAAAGCGGAGAAUCGUAUGGUAGCUUGUUCUCCAUUCCCAGUUCUAAGUGGUGAACCAUUAAAUUCUGUUGAGCAACGAGCUAUGGAACAUCAAAAGCGUCAGGAAUGGCGGCAAGCGAGGUUCAAAUCUCUGGAAGCCGACUCAAAAGCUGCAGAUGAAGUUAUGCAGCAAGUUGAGCAAAUUAACAAUAGACUGGCAAAUAUUAUAGAAGAACACAACAACUCUCCUUUACUUGGAAAUGAGAAGAUUUUGCAAAAUGAAACUUCAUUUGAAAGAAAUGAGUAUGUCGAUCCAAUCACUGGUGAUACGACUAUUUCACUUGUUGAAAAAAGUGUCACUCAGAGAGAGAUAAACACAUCUUCCACAUUAAUCAGUGAUUUGAGUACAGAAAUAGCGAAUAAUUCGAAAAAAUCUGAGAUAAACGUCAGUCAAAAUUAA